CCGAUCGAGGCGCAAACAGUCACGCCCUCUGUGACGCUCUACUACGAUCCACGGUCUGCGCCGCCUGUAGUUAAACCGUCUAGCCCAAAAUAUGCCCAUUGCGGCUACAAACCAACCUCGCACUCGACGUAAGCGGAGGAAUCCAAGGAUGUCCCUCGGCUUCGCCAUGCCGCUCGAGUGGUUGACCGACUAUUCCAAGGAGCACAACCUGGUGCGCCGGUCGGACGCCGCCGCGCUCGACGAUAUCAGACAGAAGUUUGGCAAAGGAUUCCUCUUCGUUCAUUGGGUCAAGCAUGACUGUCCAUGGGGUUGCCUUCUCUUCCUCGCCGUCGCCACCAACACCCGCCCUGAUUAUCUUGCGAUGGCCACCCCAGAGAGGAUUGCCGCUCUCAAAGCCGUGCUAGGAAGGGAUGAUGAGCCUGAAUGGAAGCAUUGCUAUGUGAUAUAGAGAUAACUCGUUGAAAGAAGUACUAUAUAGUGACACGGCUUCGCAUGUCACUGGUGUUCAUGGUUCGAGCCUCAUACGGCAAGAUUGUAGAAGAUUACUAUCACUUCGAGAUGCGCAUCAGCACCCCUUGGAAUCCCCUGAAUAACUGAAUCUGUACUAUUACACUCCUUGUUCAUUCUUAGCACGAUGAACUGCUGCAGAAAAAAAAUCUACUCGGCUGCCAGUGAUGAACCAAUCAC